CUCACUUUGCGUUUUCAUGUGUUUUCAGACGUAGAGGAGACAUCAUGGUUAUCGAGGUCCAAGAGCAGGCGGGGUCACUCAGGGGUCGUGUGAUAGCCGUGUUGACGCCGCCUGGAGUGCCAGAGUACGGGACUCUCGUGGAGGCGGCGCUCGUCGCAAAGGACACCGUUGUGUGCGGCUUCCGUAAAGAAAACAUGGACUGGUGCCUGGCUGUCUGGCGGAGCUGGGGAGGCCGCGAACUGGAGCUCUUCUACCAGGGGUACGAGGAGCUCGGACGCUUGGAAAGCAGUCUGAGGAAAAGGAGGUAGCUGUGUAAACGUGCACACGUGUGUUUGUGUGUGUGUGAUGGAGAAUCGACACACUGUGCGGCCAAUAACGGCACACACACCCCAAUACAGGUGUGUCGUGGGUGCGGGACACAGAUUUACACACACAUGGACUGUUGCUUUAGGAAAUGUAUUCCUGCAGGACUCGGCCACAUACACAUUAUAUAAGACAAACAGAUUGAAUGCCACAAGCACUAAAUGCAUCAGCAUAUACAUUCAGCCCUGAGCGUUUGGAAGUACAUUCACAUGUACCCAGAAUGCAUCAGAAGUAAACUAAGGGGUUCCAAACUAAACUAAGGUGUUCCUCUUACAUUCAUGAGGUGUGCGUGCGUGCUUGUGUUCGAAUGUCAAGACAGUGAUUUAUGAGGUGUGAUGCUGCCUAUCAAAUUUUAUCAACUUUUCCUCAAGUUAACUAGCAAACUAGCUGUGCCUUUGGAAGGACAUGCUGUCUCUGAAGAGACCCGCAAUAACAUCCAAUGAACUGACAGGCCUCUGAAACCCCACCCACUCACUGAGGUCGUAAUAGAGUGCGACAGUGCCCGUCCACUUUUUUGGGAACCUUGGUUUCGGAAGUAGUAACUCACAGUAGGUGAGCGAAGUUGGCGUUAAAAAUCAGUUUCCAUACAGAAAAGGAAUGUGUCUUUUACUUCCGCAAGCCACCUGUUGCACUUUAUAGGGCACAGUUUGAUGUUUACUUGGAAUCUCAGCGGUUAUGUACGGAGUGGAAUACUAGCAUACUGAAGUACUUAGAGCAGUAGUAUGUGACGUGUCACAUGACUUCAUCGCUUUGCAUGCUAAAUUCAGUGAGUGACAUUUGUUAAUCUUUGAAAAAUAUGUCUCUUUUAUGUUUUUAGCCCAUUUUUGGUUAAAAUAUAACAUUUGGAAGUCUAAUCAAAUAAUGAGACAUGAGGAUGUAUAGAAGUCACUCUGGAAAUGGAAGGUCAAGUCGAACACUGUAUUGUGUUCCACUCAGUGCAGUACACAUACUAUACUACAUACACUGCAGAAGUAGUAUGCUAGAAUGCAUUUCCGAACAUAGCCAGUGGUGGCAAUCUGGGAUUUAUGAGAAACACUGAGAGGCUUUGAGAACACCAGCAUGUUGAAAUUUUGUUAUUGUAAAUAAUAUCUGAGUAUUUCAUCUCGAUGGAAUGAAUGUUAUUUAUUGCAGAAUGUAAAAUGUCAUGCUGCAUGUGUAAAAAGUUGUUGCUAAACUGUAAAUAUGUGAACAGAACAUAAUAAAUAAAUCAACAGAAUUUUGUAUGAAA